AAGCCACACAGUUGACGGACAGCUCCAUCCAGCCUAUCAGUUGUGCAAAUAAAGGGACAAUGUUCUGUCUCCACCAAUCACAGACUUCGAGAGCCCGAGAUUAUCUUGUUACCACAGAGAUGAUGUUACGCGUUAUGUGGUUCCCCGUAUUUGUCUACUGAGUCAACGGAGUACUUUCGCUGGGUGUCAGAGGAUUGUGUUGGGAAUUAAAACACAACAGCGAAAGCCAACUGUAGCUUGUCAGCAAUGGUGCCAUCCAGCUUCUAAACUUUGCAGAGGAUGCAUACAGCACGCAGCCCUUCCUCCAUCCCGACAGGUGUCUCAGGAGAUGCCUUGGACCUCAGCUUGUCAGGCUCCCAGCUCUCUAUGUCCAAAAGACCCAGCAGUGCCUCACCUGGGAAGUAUUUCUCUCGGUCCGUGUCGGUCUCAGUGGCAAGUGACAGCAGAGGAAAACGCAACACCCUGAGCGAUGCUAGUGUUGGAAGCUCCCGCUCCAUCAAGAACCUGAGAAGGUCCAACAGCACCACUCAGGUUAAUCAGCAGGCCAACAUCAGUUUAAGUCAGGACCAGAGUGAGGACUACCUGUCCCUGUUUGACAGCAGCUCAGAUGGACGCAAGAAACUGGCCAGUCUUAGCAAAGCCUCGCCGGACAGAACCACGUGGAACAUCCUGGACGAUCAGCCCAGAGCUUUCCCACUACACUCGAGCUCCCGCAGCACUGGCAGCGUGGACUCUCCCACCAGCCAGAACAAAAGAGACUCGGGCAUCGCUCUGGCUGCCUCUUUCACCGCCAACAACAGGAGCAACAAAGGAGCUGUGGGGAAUUCUGUCACCACCAUCUUACACAACAACUACUCCGAAAAGCCACUCACACCUAAGAGCUCCAACCAGAAGCCGUCAUUCAACAACAUCCUGAAAGCCACAGCAAACGACGAGGUGUCACUCGAGAACGGCUCAGUGACAAAAUCCCAGAAGAAUUUCUCUUCAGUUUCCUCAAACAACAGGUCUCCAGCGUCAGCCCAGCACAGCAGCCCUGUCCUGCCUCGAAGGAGGGAGGUCACUGAGGAGGAGGCCGAGAGGUUUAUUCAGCAGGUGAACCAAGCCGCGGUCACUAUCCAGCGCUGGUACAGACGCCAUGCCAAGAAACAACACACUAACCAGGCAGCGCUCAAACGCCUUUUUGCCAGCAAAAGAAAGGAGUGGGAGGAGAGAACAGAAGAGGACAGCUGCCGGGAUCUGCAGCAGAAAAAGGACGAGGACAGGAAGCGGAUUCGCGAAGAGAAAGCACGUCUGGCCCGCCUCGCUGCCAUCCAGGAGCUGCAGCAGAAAAGAGCACAGCGGAUUGCAGAGGUGCAGCAUGCAGCUGAGGUGGAGCUGGAAAGCCUGAGGCAGGUCGGUGUGGUUGGACGCAAGAAGCCUCCCAAGAUUUCUCCCACCAACAGAAGUCCAUCCUCACCGAGCAACAACAGCCCGAUGUCUCCCACAGACAUGAAGGCUAAGAACACAGAUUCCAAUUUGAAUGUUGUGGCUGACUUGGGUGAGCUGAGCUUCCGUGCCAUUUCCCCAGCUUUGUCCAAUAACAGAGGCUCUCAGUGUUCCCAGGAUCAGGAGGACAGAACACAGGUGGACAUUUGCCUGGAGCAGCAGCAUCCACAGAACGACAGGAAGUUGAUUAGAAAAGACAAAGCUCGUCUGGCCCGUCACGCUACUGCCCAGGUGAACACAUCUGAUGAGCAGCAAAGAGCCCAACGAGUUGCAGAGGCACAGCAUGUAGCUGAGGGGGAGCUGGAAAAUGUGAGACAGACUGGCCUGGUUGGACGCAAGAAACCACCCAAGUUUUCUCCCAUCAAUAAAAGUCCAGCCUCACCAAGCAAUAACAGCCCAAUGUCACCGACAGACAUGAAAGCUAAAAACACAGACUCCAACUUGAAUAUCGUGGCUGAGUUAGGUGAGCUCUCCAGCUUCAGAGCUGUUUCUCCUGCAUUGUCCAAUUGCAGAGGUUCCCAGUGUUCUCAGGAGAUCCUGCAGAGAUCUGUGAGUGUAGAGGACCAGCGACAGGGAGCUUUGUCCAGCAGGGCUCAGUCCAAAACCACUCUGAACGAGCUGCUCGAUACCCUCAAGUUGUUGGAGGAGGAGCCAGAGAGGCUGACUGAGCCCAAGUGUUACCGCAAAGAGAAAUACGCCUGGAUAGAUGAAGACGGAGACUCCAACUCUCUUACCACCGACAACUUGGAGCGUCAUGGCCAGCUGAGUCACCACCCUGCACUGCCAGAUGGGGGCGCCCUGCUCUCCGAAGCCAAGCUGCAGAGCAUCAUGAGCUUCCUGGAUGAGAUGGAGAAGUCUGAGCAGGAGAGACCUCGCUCAGUUACUUCAGGGUCACACCGAGAGGCUGUGUUGUCAGAGGAGGAUCUGGUUGGUGUCGAGCAGGCGUCCGCCACCGCCGCCGACGUCAGCGGAUCCAUGAUGAGAAUCAGGCUGGAGCUGGAGGAGAAGAAACGCACGGUUAACAUGCUGCAGACUGCACUGGCCCAGCAGAGGGAGCUGACAUUGAGACAUGUGAAGGAGACGGAGAAGGAGCUGAACAGGACGUUCCAGCUCCAGAAGGAACAAUAUGAAGCCACCAUCCAGAGACACCUCACAUUCAUUGAUCAGCUGAUCAGUGACAAAAAGGCCUUGAGUGAGCGCUGCGAAGGAGUGGUGGGCGAGCUGAAGCAGGUGGACCAAAAGUACACCAAGAAGAUUGCACAAAUGCAGGAGCAACAUGAAAUGGUGUGGCAAAUUCUGGGUCCCUUGUGCGAGGAGAUCAAGAAGUUAAAAGAGCUGAUGAGUGCCACGGAGAAGAUGCGCCGGGAGAAAUGGAUUGACGAGAAGACCAAGAAGAUUAAAGAGAUCACCGUCAAAGGUCUGGAGCCGGAGAUCCAGAAGCUAAUUUCAAAGCACAAACAGGAACUGAAGAAGCUGCGGACGCUCCACGAGGCGGAGCUGCUGCAGGCGGACGAGCGGGCGGCCCAGCGCUACGUCCGCCAGUGUGAGGAGCUCCGCCAGCAGCUGGACAGGGAGAAGGAGGAGCAGUGCCAGAGAGAGAGGGAGUUAGCCAAACAGAGAUAUGAGAAGCAGCUUCAGGAGGAGGAGCUCUCACUGCAGCAGCAGAGGAGGCGUCUGUACAAGGAGGUGGCUGAUGAGAAAGAGAGGCUGGCUCAGCUGACUGCAAGGCAGCGUGCCGAGCUGGAGGAUCUGCGGCGGCAGCUGGAGGAGAACAGCUCACUGGCCGGGCGAGCCCUCCGCGAGGAGCUGGACAAGUCCAGAGAGGAGCAGGAAAGGAGACACCAGGUGGAGAUGAAAGCUUUACAAGAACGUUUGGACAUUGAAAAGCAGACCUGGGAAGAAAACUACAAGAAAAAAGAGGAAGUGUGGCUGCUGAGCCGCGAGCGCGAGCUCAAAGAAGAUCUGCGGCGAGAACGCGACAAAGAGAUCGAGCUCGCCAUCUGGACGCUGGAGGAGGAGACCAGCAAGGACAAAGAGGAGUGUGAGAGGGCAGCCGACAACAGGGUGAAGCGUGUGAGGGAAAAAUACGAGGCGGAGCUGAGGGAGCUGGAGCGCUCUGAGAAGGAGGCCGUGGAGAAACAACAGGAGCUGAGGAAACAGCAGAUGGAGGUGGAGGGAGAGCUGAUCAGACUCCAGGCUGUGCUCCGGCAGAAAGAGCAGGAGAACGAAGAGGUCGCUCAGAGCAGGGACAAGCUGGUGGAGGAGCGCCGCAGCCUGGCGGAGGUGAUAAGGCAGGAGUUUGCCGACCGGCUGGUGACCACAGAGGAGGAGAACCGCAGGAUGAAAGUGGAGGUGUCCGAAGUUCGAGCGAGGCUACGGCUGGAGGUGGAGAGGGUCACCAGGGAGAAGGAGGAGGAGCUGGCCGAAGUUCACCAACGAGUGAAGGCAGCCAUCUUGAAGAAGGAAGAAACUGUAAAUAGUCUCCGGAAGCAGUAUGAGGCCGCCCUGAAGAGGGCCGACCACCUGGAGGCCCUGUGGGAGCAGCAGAGGAAGCAGCUGCUGGAGAAGUGACUGUUUCCUGGUUUCAUCUGUCUCGACCCUCCAUUGCCUGACCCCCCCCCCACACUCUGCUUGGUGUCGCUCAAAGCUCCCCCCACCCGUCACCUCUUUUUUUUUUCUUUUUUUUUACUUUUUCCACUUUGGAUGUUGUUCAUGCCAGCAAGACUGAACCUGUGCAACUUGGGUUGAAGUGACUGAACCUUGUCCUACCUCAUUUGAAAAAUACAAAAUGGGGAAAUGUGCUGGGCCUCACUGUAUAAUCACCCCCACCCCAAGGCAUAAAGGAGCGUCAUGUGUUCCCUGAUUUAAAUGCCACAGACCAGGUGGCACCAGAUGACUAUGGAUGGACUUCCAUUUUUCUUCCAGAGGAAGAUUACUGCAGUUUUUGUGACCCCCGCCCUCCAUCCUCACUCCUGGAGUCUGUGGGAGCAGGAAUGCCGCCAUGUUCCCCACAGAGCAGCCACAGAGAACACUUCCAGAUGUUCCUGAAACCAGCCCAGGCCUGCACUGGUGUAAAGUGGGAGGGGUGGUGGUGAUUUUUCUGAAGGACCACUUGCUUACUUACAGCAGACUCACGGAUCAGUCAGCACUAGAGCUCCAGUUUGAGCUGCACCAUCUUAUCUGUUGAGUUGUGUGUUUCCCGGUGCGCCCUCGAGGCGAGAGCUAAUUACGGGGUCUGUAACCUCUCCCCGGCGUCAGCCCUGUGACCAGCUGUGAGCAGUUUGUUACGUGUGUCUUACCCCAGAAAAGGUCGUGUACUAACACUGGUUAAGUUAGAGAGCUUGUAGAACGUCACUAGAAAGAGACCGGAUGUGCUGGAAACUAAAUGGUAAUCUGAUGGCCUGUUUGAGGUCAGAUGAGUGUAGAUUGGCUUUGAACGUGUCUGAAUGUGAGGAAGAAAGAAGAGAAUGUGGGGGAGUGGAAGGAAGAAGGAAUGCGCAUAGAAAAUGUUUAUAGGAUUAGGAAAGUGGAGCUGGGACGGAGCGGGCUGGUGGGGGGCUGCAGGGGGCACACGGCAUGUGACAGGCAGAGGUAUGUUCAAAGCCGUAUAGGAUCUGAUUGAGGGGCUGCGUUGUGACAAAACACAUGAAGCUCAGCGGCAAGAGGCGGUAAACUUUCUGUGUCUGUGUUUCUCUCAGGAGCCGCCGCCUCUCAAGCACGCGCACAUUUCUGUUUCCUUGUUUUUUUUUUUAUCUCAAAGGUUCCUGCUUCUUUGCUGAUUUCUUAACCCCGUCUAACAAUUGGAGAUAUUUUCCUGACAGACACAGAAAGUCUUUGUGGGUAAGAUUUCAGUCAGAAUGGUCCAUAGCACGAGUUAGUGAGGGGUGAGGGGGUGAGUGAAAGGGGAGAGAAACCCUAAACCUGGAAGUAAAGCCUGGUGUUUAGGUGCAACAGGAUGUGAAGGACCACAGCCUCCGAAUCCGACCUCGUAGCAAAACAUAUUUAUACUCUUUAUUUAUUUACUAAUUUAGUGCUCUCACACGACCUUUAUAGUGGAAACUAGUCAAGUUGUGUUUUUAGUUCCUUUUGUAAGAACACUAAAUCAGUUAGUCGGCAGGUCUGAUGAAACGUUAGAACUACGCCAUUUUGACAUGGUUUAAAUACAGUACGUCAGGUUUUUCUGACAUGGAAGUAGUCCGAGCCCCGAUGUAAAGGCUUCACGUGAAGUGUGCUGUGCUGGAAGAGUAAAAGCAGUUUUAAAGUAUUAGAGAGCGAUCACAAGUAAACCACAGACUGAAAUCAGUUCCCACCCCUCCAGGAAGUGAGUACAGUUCACACUGGAGACUGUGAGGGAGUAGCUGAUGUGUGUCAAACCUCGCUGUGGGCUUCACGGUCACUAACUGUGAGUCAGGAGGACUUUGGCGUGGAGAGCUGUUCGCGGCCUCGCGCUGCUCCGACGCCAUUGGCUCAGCAGCCGGGCCCGUCACAGCCGGGAGGGGGGCCGAUGUGAGCUGGCAUUCCUCACGCAUGCCCGUCCGACAAGUGCCAAUGAGCCUGGCGUGUGUGUGUGUGUGUGACCUGAGAUGACCCUCGUGGUGACACACACACAAGGCUCCCCAGUUUGUUUUUCCUUUCCAUUUGUAACUUUGUGUACAAGCCAUUCCAGCUGUCACCGCUCGUUGUUGUGUUUUCGACAGCCAGUGGCCCUCCCACACGCUGUUUUCUUUCCUCGUUUUACUCUUGUUUUUAUUGUUUUUAUGCUUAUGGUUCGAAAACUGUGAAGAUGACUGAUAUGUUUGCAAAAAAAGAGAAUAAAAGCAAAGACUGUUGAGAAGA